GAAGUGUAGAAGGAGAAAUUUGUGGUCUGACGUGCUCUGAUACUCCGACUGUCAAUAACAGAACAUUCAAUCAAGCACACAUGUGAAGCCAGGAAACAUGAGCAAGAAAACCGGCUGGGAACUUUAAUGAUCACAGGCCAAUCAGAAACAUUAAUUAAGUGGCAGAGCGUGUGGGCUGCGAAGACCGGAGGUCAAAGUUCAGACUGAAGAUGGUCUGAUGGACCGACGCUUUGUGCUGACCUUCAUCUUCUGCUCUGUGUCCUGGGUGUUCUUCUGGGAAGUGCGCUGGAAGAAAUCGAAGGGAACUCAGAUAGAAGAAUGGCUCCAAAAACACCGCUUGUCCGAGUACAAGCACUUAUUUGAGGAUGUACAGACACUGGAGGAGCUGAGUCUGAAUGUGUUAACAAGGCUGGAGGAGGUCGUGCAAGAACAGCGACACUGGCGGGACAUAUCUGAAGCCCACAUCCAGCUCCUCAGAGACUUUGCUUUUCAGGAGUGGCUCAGCUCCCAGAGUCUGGAGCACUACUACCACACGCUGAAAACCCUGGGUUGCAUCAAUUUGGAUGAUUUGGCCCAGUUUGACAGCCAACUUCAGCUGUCUUUGGCCGCGUGGGGCUACUAUUACGAGGACUACAUCAAGUUGUCCACCGGCGUGAAGGUCCUCCAGGCCAGUAGAAAUCACCGUGAUCAGGAUUACGAGAUUCAGCUGGUCCGCAGCCUCGCUGAGAGGCGUCUCAACGAGAAGUGGUCCUUUGCAGGAGCUGUUAUAUUUGGCUGUACUGUUGCACUGUGCUUUCUUAUUCGAGACCUCAUGUUUUACGUGAUUGGUGGAAUAACUGUGUCCAUCAUCGCAUUUGUCUUCACCAUUAAAUUCCUGUGCGAGCUUGCUGCACGGGUGGUCAGCUUUCUCCAGAAUGAGGACCCAGGACGUCGUGGUGAUCGUAGCAUCUACGAUUAUGUACGGGGCAACUACCUCGACCCGCGCUCUUGCAAAGUGGCGUGGGAUUGGAAGGAGCCACAGGAAGUAGGGCAGACCAUGACUUUCCGUGUGCAGCUGUUUUAUAAAAAUGGCCAGCCAUUCCCUGCUCACCGACCGGUUGGCCUGCGGGUGAACAUCACUCACAUGGAGUUGGCGUUGGACAUUCCCGUCACACAGGAGGUGUUGCAGGAGCCCGAGGCCAACAUCGUGAAGGUGGCUUUCACUGUACGCAAAGCAGGCCGCUAUGAGGUCGCCGUUAAGUUGGGUGGCCUUAAUGUGGCCUACAGCCCCUACUACAAGAUCUUUCAACCAGGAAAUGUGGUUCCAUCCAAAACAAAGAUUGCAUACCACUUUUCUACACUGGUGCUAACAUUUGGCCAACAGCACACGCUUCAGAUUGAGCCUCGAGAUGAAUACGGCAACCCUACCAGCAACUCUACGUCUCUUGUCGAUGAAGUCAACUAUAGUGUCCACAUGCACUCAUUGGGAACUACAGAAGACAACAGUGACGAGGAGUACUACAGUAAGUCGGUUGUGUCCAAUAAGCAGCUCUGCCAGGUGCUUCUGCGUCUCACCCUGAGGAAGAUGGGCUGCUUCAGAGCCCGCAUCUCCUACAAGGACCAGCCACUCAGCAAUGGAGAAUUUGACAUCAUUGUGCUUAGUGAAAAUGAGAAGAAUUGUGUGGAGAAAAACGUGUCCACGCCAGGCAUCAGCAUCUACUUUGAGGCCUACCUGUACGGCACGGGGAACUAUAACAGCUCCCACUGCCAGUUUCCUGCGUCCUCUCUGCUCGCGCCUCCGAGGCGGCCCUCCGUGGGCGACGAGGACGAUGACCACGACUCCCCAGUGGAGGGCCAGCCCGAGAAGUUCAAGAAACCGAAAAAGGUUUACUGCUACAUAUCGCCAAAGCAACUCUCAGUGAAGGAGUUCUACCUGAAGAUAAUCCCAUGGCGCCUGUUCACAUUCCGAGUGUGCCCAGGAACGAAGUUCACCUAUCACGGCCCUGACCUCAUCCACAAGUACUUGACAUUGGUGGUGGACGACGGCAUCCAGCCCCCGGUGGAGCUCAGCUGUAAAGACAGGAACAUCAUGGCAGCCACCUUCAUCCGCUUCCUGCACAAGAACAUCGGUGGCUCCGAGACUUUUCAAGACAAGGUGAGCUUCUUCCAGCGAGAGCUCCGACACAUGCACUCCAAACGACCUCGCACGAAAACCUGCUUGAAGAUCGUGCGCCAAACCAUUCUUGAUUCUUCUCUGAAGGCCACCAGGAACUUCUCAGUGUCGGACUGGAGUAAGAACUUUGAGGUGGUUUUCCAGGAUGAAGAAGCCCUGGACUGGGGAGGUCCUCGUCGGGAAUGGUUUGAGCUGAUCUGCAAGAGUCUUUUUGACACCAACAAUCAGCUUUUUACGCGCUUCAGUGACACCAACCAGGGACUGGUCCACCCCAACGCUGACCGCCCCACUCACCUCCGUCUGAAGGUGUAUGAGUUUGCUGGACGUGUGGUUGGGAAGUGCCUGUAUGAGUCAGCACUGGGCGGAGCUUAUAAGCAGCUUGUGCGUGCUCGGUUCACGCGAUCCUUCCUGGCACAGAUCAUUGGCCUGCGUAUGAACUACAAGUAUUUUGAAACCGAUGACCAAGAGUUCUACAAGACAAAGGUCUGCUUCAUCCUGAACAACGACGUGAGUGAGAUGGACCUGGUGUUUGCUGAGGAGAAGUACAGCAAGUCCGGACAGCUGGAGAAGGUGGUGGAGCUGAUUUCAGGAGGUGCCCAGAUCACGGUCACCAACGAGAACAAGAUCCAUUACCUGAACCUACUGGCCCAGUACCGACUGGCCAGUCAGGUGCGAGACGAAGUGGAGCACUUUCUCAAGGGUUUAAAUGAACUGGUCCCAGAGAACCUUCUAGCCAUAUUUGAUGAAAAUGAGUUGGAGUUGUUGAUGUGUGGUACAGGUGACAUUAAUGUUCAGGACUUCAAAGCCCAUGCGGUGAUUGUUGGAGGCUCGUGGCACUUCAGAGAGAAGGUGAUGAAGUGGUUCUGGGCAGUGGUGUCGUCCUUCACACAGGAGGAGUUGGCGCGGUUGCUGCAGUUCACCACUGGCUCCUCACAGCUGCCACCUGGUGGCUUCAAUACGCUAUGCCCAUCCUUCCAGAUCAUCGCCGCACCCACACACAGCACACUGCCAACUGCACACACCUGUUUCAACCAGCUGUGCCUCCCUACAUACGAUUCCUAUGAGGAGCUGCACAAACUGCUGAAGCUGGCCAUCAGUGAAGGGAGUGAAGGCUUUGGCAUGCUGUGAACCCGCCUCACUUCCCCUCAUGAUGCCAACCAGGAAGUGGCAGAGUGUAGGCUGGAGUAGAGGACAAACUCCACACACUUAACCAAUAGACAGUGCGGCUCGUGUAUUCCAGUGAGACCUUACAUACCUGUAUCAGAAGAGGUUGCAGUAUAUCUGGAGGAAGUUUCCGGAAGCUCUGCGGCCCCAGCCAACAACGAUAUGUGUGUAUAAUGUAAAUGAAUUAUGCUGAUAAUGCUGAUUUCUUCCUUUUUAUACUUACUAUGACAAAACCCAAAAGCAGUGGCCCAACUAGAGUUUUAUCGUAGACGCUUAAAGAAGGGUUAGGGUACAUUUAGUAGCUGCUUAACUAGAGAGUAGUGAUGACAUUUUGCCAUUCUAAACCUGGAGACUUUUAAUACAGAGUAGCAGCCUCCAAACGGUGUGGGCCAAGCCACACAUCCAUAGCACUUUUGCCUUAACGGAUCAGGUAAGGGUGUGUGUGAGCGAGUGUGAGAUUGUGUGUGUGUGUGUGUGUGUGUGUGUGUGUGUGUGUGUGUGUGUGUGUGUGUGCAUGUAUAUUAUUGUGUACAUCCAUUGUAUUUGUAUGUAUAAUGUCAAUAUCUUUGACAAAUCUGUGACUUUGUGUCUGUGCUCUCAAUGAGGGAUGUACCUUGUUUUUGUUGGUGGGGUUUUUUUUGUUUGUUUUUUGUCCUUUUUUAUUUUUGCUAUAAUGGGCAAAUAGUUCCAACCACAUUUUCUUGGGGUGGAUUGUUGCAAUUAACCUCCAGUGAUGGAAAAUGGAGGGAGCAGCUGUUAAACUGCUGGCUAAAUAUGAACAGCUUCUAUGGCUUUCAUCCAUAAGGGAUGCAGUUCUGUGUGGUCUUUUUUUUUUAUUUAAAGUUUUUAUUUACCGUUUUGUUUUCGUGUUCUGCCUUAUUUGAACAUGGGCCUGUCUGUUGUUUAUGGUCAUGAUUAUGUUAAAUCCUCUGUUGAAGCAUAGACGUGUAUUGCACAAAUCUGAGUUGAGAUAGCAAGAUGACACUGAAUGGAGUACAGUGUGAUAGGUUCAGGAGUUCUAGGAGUUCCUCUGUGAGGGGGAGGAGCUGUGUGGGGAACUGAUACUGUUUGGCCACAGGAACAUUACAGGUCAAAACUUUAAGAGAUGACUUAAAGGGUCCUCAGUUAAUUACUUUUUCUUUUAUAUAAUUCUUUUUGGCAUAUUUAUUUCAGUGACCAAACUGUAAGUUGGGAAAUAUACAAGUGUUUGUUAAUUCAUGUAUAACUCAUCCAUGUUGACAUGGUGAGCCUGAAGCCUGCUGAAUGUGUUUCUGUUUAUUUACUUGCUUUAUUUGCUUUGUUGACUUACUAUGGUAUUUUUAUGGUUCUCCAUAGUGUUUUAUUUCGUUCAAAAGGGCAACGAGGUUAUUUAUGAAUUCGUUAUUUAAAGACAGAUUCUGAAAAGGAAGGAAAGGAACGUAAGGAAAUAAGCACCAAUCCAAAGGUACUAUAUUCACAUUCUGCAGUAGGAGUGCUUCAAUGUCCUCAAGCUCUACUUUAAUGUCGAUUUUCAGUUUGGUUAAUGAAACCUAAGAGUCGAGAGCAGUGUGGUCAUAUUUACUGUGGUAUAGUAUCCCAAAGGAUUUGGCCACUAUGAAAUUUUUUUCCCAUUUCCGGGAAUGAGUUUGACCGUUUGAGUGUUGAAAACAUUACUUUAAACUACUGCCCUCAUCGCUUCAACAUACUAUGUUGAAUAUUGUUCCUUUUGCCUGUUUAAAUAAGUGCACCUAUGCUGUCUGAACUCCAGUGUUUAAUUGAUCUUAAAACCCAUGGUUACAGGGUAGCACUUAAAGUAUUUCUACCAGUCAAAAGUUCUCUUAUCUUUAUCAGAAUAAUGUUACCCGAGUUGGGUUUCAGGGUGGAUCUCAGUUGAUCAAUUCAGUAACAGAUGCCAGCUAAUUCAAGAGUCUAUCUGUGUGUAUUACCUUUGGGCUGUUUUCAACAUCAGUAAACGCGGUUGUCUGCUCUUUUAAUUUGUGGGAGGGAGGUGGAAGGGAAGAGUUGGAACCCACCCAAACAUUGAAGCAGGGUAGAUUAUCCAGCCGUCCUAUGAAAAACGAAAGAUGUGACCUUACAGUAAGUGUCGCCAACUGCAGUAAAUGACAUGCAUAACUGUUGAAAUCCUGCACUUGACUGACAUUGGAAGUUGUCUUUUUCUGUGGCGCCAGGCCAUUAUGUGUUAUGAGUGAUAUAAUGUUUUGAGUUUUUUUUUAGUCAAAGUUUUGGCAUUUUAAAUUCUUGUGAAUAUUGUGUGAUGGCUGUUUGCAGGCUUGAAGUGAGCUGUUUAAAUUUGUUUAUAUUUUCUUUCUUAAAUUUGAAAUGGGAGAUCGGUCAAGGUCAUCACUGAAUUCAUGAAUGUUUGUUUCCUCUUCACUGUUGUAAGCUUUGAUGACGCCAUCAACCUGUUGAUUAAAUGAAGAAAUAAACCACGGCAGACACAA